AUGCCUCUCAACACCGGACACAUCUGCUUGCAGCAGGACUGCACCUGCCCCCACAUGACUUACAUCCACCUGCAAGGGAAGUGCCUCAGGCGUCGACAGGUUUCUCGCCAUUCAAACUCCUCUGAGUGGCCAGUGCAGGGACCACUGGACCUGCUGAAGAAGUGGUGGGAGGGUCCCCCAGCAUCUACCUCGGGACAGGGGAUUGUCCAGUACAUCCUCCAGAUGCGGAACAGGCUGGAGAGGUACCGAAAGGAAGCUAGGGCAAACCUUCAGAAGGCCCAGAAGAGAGGGUAUGACCAGCACGCUUGCCACAGAGAGUUUGAGCAAGGACAAGUCCUGCUCCUCCUUCCCUCGUCUACCUGCAAGCUCCUUGCACAGUGGCAAGGACCAUACCUAAUCGUGAGGAAGAUGGGCCCGGUGACCUACGAGGUGCUGCACCCGGACAAGGGUAAGGAGAAGCAAACCUACCAUGUGAACCUCCUGAAGGCCUGGGAGGAGAGAGAGGAACUCUCCAAGGGGACGUCCUUCCUAGUCCGCAGAGUAGAAGAAGAGGAUGAGUUGGAGGGGGUCACAGAGGCAUGGAAAGGACGAGCUGAGGUCAUACUGGCUCACCUGGAAGAAGGCAAGCAAGAUGUGUUGAAUCAGCUGUUUGGCAAGUAUCCAGCCCUCUUCAGUCAGAAGCCAGGAAGAACCAAGGUCCUGGAACACAUCAUCCGUUUGAAUCCUGACCAGAAACCUGUGCGCCACUAUCCUUACCGUGUGCCUGAGAGGCUGGUGGUAGCCCUCAAGGGAGAGGAGACAAAGUACCUGGGUUACGAGCUGGGUAAGGGUGAAGUUUGGCCUCAGGUGGACAAAGUGGAGUUCAUCAGGAACAGCCCUCAACCCAGGACCAAGACACAAACCCCUGAUUUUCAGAAGAGGUUCCUGUACAGGUGGACACUUCGGCUGUGGGAAUUGGAGCUGUACUGGCCCAAGGGGAGCCAGGAGAAGAGCUCCCCGUGCUUUGGCAGCUCCAGUCAUGCUCUACUGGACAAGUCCCUGGAGGAGAGCUUCAUGUUUCCCCAUCACUUGAGUCCUGAGGACAAGAGCCAAACUACCUCUUGUGAUUUUGAAUCGCCUUGCUCUUGGACCUUCUCCAAUCACAGUGUCAGAAAUGACUGGAGGGCCAUGUCACCACAGCAACAAAGAUCCAGCACACAGGCCAUGAAGCCAGUCAGCGACCAUUCGGAGGGGAGCUCUGAAGGUCACUUCCUGCUUUUGAGUCCCUCCGCUUCCUCCAGGGCGUCUAGGAAGUGUGAAUACUACAUCACUAGUCCAGUGGUCUACAGUAGUGGCCCACUGUGCCAUCUGCAGCUGGCCCGCUUUGAGCUGGGGCCCACCGCUGGAAACCUCUCAGUCUUAGUGAAACCAGUCGAAUCAGCGUCUGUCAUCAGCACAACAGCUCUCAGUGGCAGAGACCAAGAUGGCACCAGGGCCCAGUGGGAGGUGCUGGAGGCGGUGAUUGGAGAGGUUGGAGAGCCCUUCCAGGUGACCUUACUCUACUCCACCUGCCUGGGGAAGGAUAGGGCUUCUCUGGCCCUCGACUCCCUGGACCUCAGAGACUGUGACAUGGGUCACCAUGACUUAGAGCUAGGCACAGACUGUGACAAGAGCAAGUCUUUCCACUGUGACUUGGGCGGCUGCAUUGACAAGACUAGUGUGUGUGACUUCCACGGUGACUGCCCCCUAGGGGAAGAUGAGGGAUUUAUCUGUGGUGAGUCUGUGAGGGCUUCAACAGUGCAACAACAUUACAUUACAUUACUCAUGGGCCAGGAAAAACUCUGGGCCCUGUGUACUGUAUGUGUACAUAAUCUUUCCAAGAAACAUGUUGUCGAAGAUGUGUUUAUAUUUUAUCAUGCUCUGCCCUAUGGAGCCCACUGUUCCUUUGAGCCUGGGUCCUGUGGCUGGUCAACGUCCAAUGAGCUGUCCUCUUGGAGGAGGGUCAGUGGGGAGGAACUGGAAGACAGUGAAGACAUGCUGGGGACAGCUCUGCAAAAUACACAAGGGCACUUCCUGUUCCUGGCCCUGAGAAGGAGGAGUUCCAGUCAUGAGGUGUCUGUCCGGAGUUACUCCUUCCCCCAACCAGUCUCUACGACAGCCUGUCAGUUGCAUUUCUCCCUGUAUCUCUAUGGGGAGUUUAAUGGCACCGUGCUGUUGUCACUAGAGGAAAAUAGUACUACCACGUCCCGGUUGGUGUGGGAGAGGUCUGGACAGUGGAAAGAUCACUGGCAGGACAUCACUCUACAGCUACCUGCCCUCCUCAGUGGGUUCCACCUCAAGGUGAAGGCUCUGUGGGGACCAGGCUCCAAUGCUGACAUCGCCCUAGAUGACAUCACCCUGGGGGCAGCAUGCUUUGACACAGAUCUCAACUCCCUGCUGCUCGGACACAGAUUCUUCCAUGAAAUGGACUCCAUCAGUGAGCUAGAUUUCCUCAGCCCCCUCCCAGAGCCCUCUGCCUCAGAGGUGUCCCUGAUGACCUGGUGGUUCACAUCCUGUGGGGCCAGUGGCCCCCGAGGCCCCACCCAGGCCCAGUGUGACAGCGCGUACCGCAACACCAACUUCAAUGUCACUGUUGGUAAGGACGGCCCGUUCAAAGGAGUGCAGACCUGGAGGGUACCAGCCACCAACAGAUACAUGAUCUCAGCCUAUGGAGCCGCAGGUGGCAAAGGAGCAAAGAACCACAACAAGCGCUCCCACGGGGUCUUCAUCUCAGCCAUCUUCCCUCUGGAGAAGGGAGACAUCAUGUAUAUACUGGUGGGACAUCAGGGGGAGGAUGCCUGUCCAGGGAGAAAUCCCCUGACACAGAAGAUCUGCCUGGGGGAAUCCUCGGUGAUAGAAGAUGAGUUCACUGGUGAAGAGUGGGCAGGAGGAGGAGGGGGAGGCGGAGGAGCCACCUAUAUCUACAAGAUGGAGGGUGGGGUGCUGGUGCCUCUACUGAUUGCGGCUGGUGGUGGAGGGAAGGCCUACCUGGAGGACCCAGAGAGCAGCCUGAAUCAGAUCCCUCUGGAGCAGUAUGAGAACGACACAGUGGCCUCCAGCUCCAAUGGCAAGACUGGAGCAGCAGGGGGAGGUGGAGGCUGGAAGGACUCCUCCAGCCACCUGUGGGCAGGGAAGUCUCUCCUGGAGGGAGCAGAGGGGGGUUCUUCCUGCCCCCAAGCCUUAUCCAAACUGUCCUGGGCCACCUUCGGAGGGUUUGGAGGGGGAGGGGGAGCCUGCACUGCUGGAGGAGGAGGAGGCGGAUACAGAGGUGGCGAUGCUGCGCUGAUUGAUGACAUCACAGCGGGUGGUCAGGAUGGCAUCUCCUUUGUUAAUCCCAUGGGGGAAAUAUUUCUCCAUCCGCUGGCAGCCAUGGAGAGCCAUGGAGAAUGUGAGAUCAAGGUGCAGCUUAGCUGCGGUCACUGCCAGACCCAGAGCUGCAAAUGGGACGAGGACACUCAACUCAUCAUUUGCCUCUGUCACAACGAGGAGGUGCUGGCCAGUGACAACGUCACCUGCACAGCAGCCCAUCAGGGCCUCGCUCCAGAAGGCCAGCUGUCCUUGUCCCUCAUCCUAGCUGUGGUGGCAACCAUUGUGGUGACGGUCAUCGUCCUGACCUGCGCCAGCCUCACCCUCAGUAAGAGACUCUUCCAAUUCUGUGUUGAUUCUGUGCCCUCCACCUUUCACCCGUGUGCUGCGUCUGUCCACGGCCCCCCCACUCCUCCCCCCCGAGCGUCGCGUCUGUCUGCACCUGCAGCUCGACGUCACGGCAGAGGGCACCUCUCACCACCACGCAUCGCCCCCCAGGGCCCCCACCCAGCCCCCCAGGCAGACUACCAACCUGCAUCGGGGCCGCGGGCCGCCUCCACGGAGGUAUACUACCGUAAGAAGAACCAGCUGCACGCAGUUAGGCUGCGUCUCCAGAGCCCAGAAUACAAGCUGAGUAAGAUCCGGUCAUCCACCAUCAUGACAGAUUACAACCCAAACUACUGCUUUGCUGGCAAGGCUGCUUCGCUGAGUGAGCUGAAUGAAGUACCACGCAAGAACAUCACCCUCCUCAGGGCAUUGGGCCAUGGAGCAUUUGGGGAGGUGUAUGAAGGCCAGGUUCUGGGGAUGAAUGGAGAGAACACAGCCAUGCAAGUGGCCAUAAAGACUCUUCCGGAGAUCUGCUCCGAACAGGACGAAAUGGAUUUCCUGAUGGAGGCGCUGAUUAUGAGUAAGUUCAGCCACCAGAACAUAGUGCGCUGCAUCGGGGUGAGUCUGCAGAUCCUGCCCCGCUGCAUCCUCCUGGAGCUGAUGACUGGAGGCGAUAUGAAGAGCUUCCUGAGACAGAACCGACCCAAAACGAGUCAGAGCUCCUCCCUCACCAUGCUGGAGCUGCUACACGUGGCCAGAGACAUCGCCUUCGGCUGCCGUUACCUAGAGGAGAACCACUUCAUCCACAGAGAUAUAGCUGCCAGGAAUUGUUUGCUGACCUGCCCUGGACCAGACCGAGUGGCUAAGAUAGGAGACUUUGGAAUGGCGCGUGAUAUAUACAGGGCCAGCUACUACAGAAAGGGUGGCCGUGCCAUGCUGCCCGUCAAGUGGAUGCCCCCAGAGGCCUUCAUGGAGGGCAUCUUCACCUGCAAGACUGACACCUGGUCGUUUGGUGUACUGCUCUGGGAGAUUUUCUCUCUAGGCUACAUGCCUUAUCCCUGCAAAACCAACCAGGAGGUUCUGGAGUUUGUGACAAGUGGGGGGAGGAUGGACCCCCCUAAGAGCUGUCCCGGGCCUGUGUACAGGAUCAUGACUCAGUGCUGGCAGCACUGCCCUGAACACAGACCCAAUUUCUCCACCAUUCUGGAGAGGAUCAACUACUGCACUCAGGACCCUGAUGUGAUCAACACGCCCCUGCCUGUGGAGUACGGUCCUACAGUGGAGGAGGAGUUGAGCACUGUGAUCCGCCCUGACACCCCAGGCAGUCUGACCCCUCUGCUGCUGGCCCACACUGCCUCCCAGGAGGUCUCUCCCCAGAUCAGCAGUCUGUGUCUGGGCCUGGGCAUGGGUCACAUGUCGCUGCCCCAGCCCCACAAGCCCUGUCUGCUGCGGCCCCAGCAGCUGCCUCAGGAGGUGGCCUCCUACCGCGAGGCCCUGGAGCCCUGCUGGGCCGAGCCUGUUCCUGCUCCGGGUCCAGGUGUCUGCCCUGGGGCCUGGCUCCACCCCGAGCCCCUCAACUGGCCCUGCUCCAGGGACAGUUCCUUCUCAGGCAGCCAGAGGCUAAAAAACAAGACAAAGAACCUGUGGAACCCAACCUAUGGCUCCUGGGUGCUGGAGAGCUUUGGUCGGGGGAAGGCAGCCCUAUCUCAUACCAAGUCCAUGCCCCUGUCCAGCAGCUACUCCGCCCCCCAGGCAGGUACCCCUACCUCUGACUGCACUGACUCUGGGUGCGAUGGCAGCAGCGGCCUCCCUGUCCCGAGCAGUCUGUGCUCCCCGUCCCCCUUUCCAGCCUGCCAGGCCCUCUCUGCUCCCCAGCCCCAGGGUGCACCCAGCCUCAGCCUGGCGUCCUCCCGGAAGGGCCAAGCAGGGGGAGCCAGUGGGGGCCAGGCCCUGGGCAUGGACUUGGCUAAGCUGCAGAGCUUCCCCUGUGGCAAUGUCAAUUAUGCCUACGAUGAGCACAGCUAUGAGGCAGAGAGCCUGCCCCUGGUGGUGCCCAAAGGCCCAGAGCCCUGCCCCAGCACCAGUGCCAGCACCAGCUGUGCCCCCAGCACCUUUUUCUCCUCCUCCUUCUCCACCUGCUCAGGGGCAGGCCUGGGUGCGGCCUCUUCCUGUAUGCCCAAACUGCUACUGAAGCGCCACGCCAGCUACGGACACGAGGAUGUGAGGAGACACACCAAGCCUGAGAAACCCACCCGGGACAGAGACUCAGGCUUCUCUCUGUCUGAGGACCUCAGUGUCACCCCUGUCUAACCCUGGCCCAUGGGGAAGCGGAGCAGAACACUGGAACAGACCCUACACCUCACUGGCCAUGCACAGGAACACACUAUUGUGUAGUUUUGGUAUUACUGAUGAUGCUUUGUAGUUAGUAUAGACGGUGAGAGCUUUAUAUGAAAGCCCACAGUAGCAAGAAAACACAACAGGUUAAAGACAGAAGGAGAUGCUGCUUUGCCAGGAGACAGGUAGCAUGUUCUCUUCCUGAGGUGGAAGGUGACACAGCCCAAGAAGGCCGUCACUGGCACAGAAGCACAUCCAAGCCUCAGAGGAUUUCUAGGCCCUAGCUGGAGCCAUCUGCAAUGUCUGGCAUCCAUUCAAAUGUACAGUGUCUCCUCUGGUUCGGGGCUUUUUUGUUAAUCCAUUCCUUUCUUCUUUGUUUAUAACAUUACCUUGUUAGGUUUACACUGGAAUGAAUGACUGGUAUUGACUGCUAAAUCAAUACUGUGAAAACAUAUAGGAAGCUAUGGUUGCCUAUACAGGUGAUGGAAAAAGCAGAAAGGAGAUUUUCAGUAUGUGUGAAAGUGCUGUGAUGGGUACUGAGUAGACCAGAGAGAGUGUAUGAACUUGUGAUCACAAUUAUAAUUACUUGUGCUAUCUACUGUUCCCUAUCUGGCUCAUAAGCAAAAGUUAAUAUCUUGUUUAGAAUUGUCAUAGUUAUUUUUUAGAUAGCAAUUACAUUUUAUUUAGUCAUUCCAGACUUAUUUUCUUAAUACUUUAGUCUGUUUUACCGUAUUAUACGCAUUGUCUACUAAUACUUCACCCUCUCUAAAUGCAUUUCGUCUUAUAGUGACUGUUCUCACUCUUUACUGAAGAGGGUUUUAGAGACACCAAGAGCAGAGAAUGUGAUAGUAGGAGCCCCUCUGUAAUUUAUCCAUCUUGUUCCAACACGGAACAUUUUAAUACUACUAACUUUCACCUUGGCUACACCAAAAGAUGAAAUGUUAUUAUUUGACAUUGGAAUUUAAACUGUACUAACUCAUUACAUUUGUAGCAGUUAUACUUAAUUUAUAACGUGUUUUUGUAUAAGUUUAAGUGUCUUGUAGUUGAUCACUGCCAUUGGGUCUGCCAGAGCACUAGUUAGUGUUUGUGAUGUAGUACUCUACAGUACAUCUUACACUCAACAGGGGGCAGCACGCUCAUGAAAUACCUAACAGUUUGUGUGUGUAUUUCAGUAGAGGGCUUGCUUGCCGUUUACUUUUUUAUUUCUCAGUAUUUAUGACACAAGAUAACAUUUACUAUUGUUAUGAGCUGUUGUUAAAGCUGUACGGUUGCUGAUAUACAUGUAAGCUUAUUACACUGAAAUAAAGCAUACUGGUUACAAUAGUGGUAGGUCACGAUAAUGUUCCAUGGCUCCAUGAUGCACUUUGUAGCCACCUCAAAGUCUGACGAUAUUUCUGACUGUAGCCUAAAGGUGGACAAGUCUUGUCAAGCUCUUGACAACUUCACUAUUACUCAUGAUUUGUAAAUCUGCUGAGACCUUGAGGGAUUGUGUUUCUUUUAGGAUCCAUAGGAGCCUAUAUAUUACGGUGAAAACCCCCUAUUCUGAUUCUACCUGGUAAGGUACAAUCUCCUAAAAAAUGUUUGUCUGUGAAAAUAAUUGCAUUUUAGUUCACAUGUUUUCCUUUGAAUAUUGUGUCAAGGCUUAAAUUCCACAGAUCUAAAGUUGAGUGCCUCUACACAGAAGAACAAAGACUAGAAACUAUGCAAUAUACUUGUUCUUGUAUACUUCUACCCCAAAUAAAUGAAGAAAUAUUU